UCUAGUUUGGUCCCAGUCGUGUGCCGUCCGGAGCUCGGCGGGUUGCUAUAGAGACCAGCGAGCGCCGGGCCUGUGAAGGUAGAGGCUCCAGCCGAGGUGACCGGGGCCGGGUGCCGGGGCCGCAGCGCCGUCGCCAUGUCUUUCCGCGACCUCCGCAAUUUCACAGAGAUGAUGAGAGCUCUGGGAUACCCACGACUUAUUUCUAUGGAAAAUUUCCGCACACCUAAUUUUGGACUUGUUUCUGAAGUGCUUCUCUGGCUUGUGAAAAGGUAUGAGCCACAGACUGACAUCCCUUCUGAUGUUGAAACUGAACAAGACCGUGUUUUCUUCAUUAAGGCCGUUGCCCAGUUUAUGGCCACAAAGGCACAUAUAAAACUCAAUACUAAGAAGCUUUACCAAGCAGAUGGUUAUGCAGUGAAAGAACUGUUGAAGAUCACGUCCGUCCUUUACAAUGCUAUGAAGACCAAAGGAAUGGAGGCCUCUAAAGUAGGGGAGGAAGACAUCAGCAAAUUCAAGUUUGACCUUGGCUCCAAGAUUGCAGAUUUGAAAGCAGCCAGGCAGCUUGCUUCUGAAAUCACUGCAAAAGGAGCAUCUCUGUAUGACUUGCUGGGCAAGGAGGUGGAGUUGAGGAAACUGAGAGCAGAAGCCAUUGCUAGACCUCUGGAAAUAAAUGAGACUGAAAAAGUGAUGAGGAUUGCAAUAAAAGAACUUUUGGCUCAGGUCGAGAAGACUAAGGACCUACUCAGUGAUGUGGCCUCCGAUGAAGCCAAUUUAGAAGCCAAAAUUGAGAAGAGAAAAUUGGAGCUGGAAAGAAACCGGAAGCGGCUACAGACUCUGCAGAGUGUCAGGCCAGCCUUUAUGGAUGAAUAUGAGAAGAUUGAGGAAGAACUGCAAAAGCAGUAUGACAUUUAUCUAGAGAAAUUCCGGAAUCUGGCUUAUCUGGAGCAGCAGCUGGAGGAUCAUCACAGGAUGGAGCAAGAGCGGUUUGAGGAAGCUGAAAACACUCUCCGUCUGAUGCAGAACAAGCUGAAGGAAGAGGAGAAGCGGCUGCUCAAGAGUGGGAGUAAUGAUGACUCGGACAUAGACAUCCAGGAAGAUGAUGAGUCUGACAGUGAACUUGAGGAGAGACGGCUGACUAAGCCACGGACUGCCAUGGAGGUGCUCAUGCAAGGAAGACCUAACAAACGCAUCGUGGGCACAAUGCAAGGUGGAGACUCCGAUGAUGACGAAGACUCAGACAACAGUGAGAUUGACGUGGAAGAUGAUGAUGAUGACGACGACGAUGACGAUUUGGAAGAUCAAAGCAUUGCUAUUUCACCAGCUAAGCCCAACCGGAGAGUCCGGAAACCUGAGCCCCUGGAUGAGAGUGACAAUGAUUUCUGAACUUCUUGCCAAGGGACCCAGGCAGACGAAGAGCCUCCAAUUUGUAGGUAAAUGGAGAUUCAGAAGGCUGGAAAGGGAACGUGGUUGUUCACUGUGUCAGCAGGACUUACUAUUACUGAAGGACCCUCUUUCUAUGUCACCUUCGUGCACCUGUCUUCUACAGAACCUAAACAAGAACUUACACAAACCCUGAA